GAGCCAGUCGUGGGCCGGCGCGGGCGCGGGGCUGGCUGGCGGUUGAGACCGCGGCGGUACUGGGAGGGGUAGGUGAGGGUCGCGAGGCUGCCUGAGCUUCUGAGUGAGCAUGGCGCUUUUCGAACGCGGGACUGGCGACCUGCUGCUCUAGGAGUGGGGCCGAGGCGGGGCGGCGCGGCUGCCGGCUGCUCUCUGGAUGGGAAGUUACCGCGAAGUCCACCCAGCCUUUCCGAGGCAAUCUGAAGGCAAAUCCUGUUUCGACCCAGGCGAAGGUUCCUGGUGAUCCAGGCUCUCACCAGCCGAUUGUCCCUUCCUGUCUUCCUGAGGGUGUCUGGAGCUUCAGUGUUGUGUGCUCUUGGCCUCCACGCUGGGGUGCCACCGACUCCCACUGUCCAGGGCUUCCGGUGGACUCUCCGAGGCACUGAUGCAGAAACUUCCCCAUUCGGUGCACCAAGAGCAGCCUCACACGGUGUGGGCCGACAUGAAGAGCUGCCAGAUCCAACAGGUGGCAAGGGCUCUGGAACAGCCACAUAAAGUCCCUGACUCCACGUCUUCUGCCACACACGUCAGCAUGGUGGUAUAUGCGGGCCCUUGGUCCAGUAAGAAGGCAGAGAUGAACACUCUAGAAAUCAACGAGAAAUUGCGCCCCCAGCGGACAGAGAACAAACAUCAGUUCCUAAACAGCAAGGAGAAAUUUCUUGUAACUCAAGUGGCCUACUUUCUGACCAAGGGGCAGAACAGUUACAACUAUGAAGAGUGCAAAGACCUCCUAAAAUCUAUGCUGAGGGAUGAGCUUCAGUUGAAGGAGGAGAAGCUUGCAGAGCAGCUCGGGCAAGCUGAAGAGCUCAGGCAAUAUAAAGUCCUGGUUCAGUCUCAGGAACGAGAGCUGAGCCAUUUAAGGGAGAAGUUGCAGGAAGGGAGAGAUGCCUCCCGUGCAUUGAAUCAGCAUCUCCAGGCCCUCCUCACUGCGGAUGAGCCGGCCAACUCCCAGGGGAGGGACCUCCGAGAACAGCUGGCCGAGGGCUGUAGGCUGGCACAGCAUCUCGUCCAAAAGCUCACCCCAGAAAAUGAUGAAGAUAACGAUGAAGAUGUUAAAGUUGAGGAGGCUGAGAAAGUACAGGAGUCAUGUGUCCCCAGGGAGGUGCGGAAGUCUGAAGAAAAGGAAGUCCCUGAGGACUCAGUGGAGGAAUGUGCCGUCACUUGUUCAAAUAUCUAUGGACCUUCUGAGUCCAACCAGCCUCACAAGAACUCCAAAAUCACAUUUGAGGAAGACCAAGUGGACCCAACUCUGCUUAUAGACCGUGGAUCGUCUCCAGAUGGAUGGCAGGAUGCUCUAAACCUUGUCCCAGUCCCUGACUCCACCUCUUCUGCCGCAAACAUCAGCAUGGUGGCAUCUGCUGGUCCUUGGCCAAGUGAGAAGUCAGAGAUGAACACUCCAGAAAUCAACGAGAAACUGCGCCCACAGUUGGGAGAAAAGAAAGAACAGUUUAGAAACACUAGAGAGAAAUUUCUUGUAACUCAAGUGGCCUACGUCCUGGCCAACCAGCAGAACAGUUAUAACUAUGAAGAGUGCAAAGACCUCCUAAAAUCUAUGCUGAGGGAUGAGCUUCAGUUGAAGGAGGAGAAGCUUGCAGAGCAGCUCGGGCAAGCUGAAGAGCUCAGGCAAUAUAAAGUCCUGGUUCAGUCUCAGGAACGAGAGCUGAGCCAGUUAAGGGAGAAGUUGCAGGAAGGGAGAGAUGCCUCCCGUGCAUUGAAUCAGCAUCUCCAGGCCCUCCUCACUGCGGAUGAGCCGGCCAACUCCCAGGGGAGGGACCUCCGAGAACAGCUGGCCGAGGGCUGUAGGCUGGCACAGCAUCUCGUCCAAAAGCUCACCCCAGAAAAUGAUGAAGAUAACGAUGAAGAUGUUAAAGUUGAGGAGGCUGAGAAAGUACAGGAGUCAUGUGUCCCCAGGGAGGUGCGGAAGGCAGAAGAAAAGGAAGUCCCUGAGGACUCAGUGGAAGAAUGUGUCAUCACUUGUUCAAAUAGCUAUGGCCCUUCUGAGUCCAAUCAGCCUCACAAGAACUCCAAAGUCACAUUUGAGGAAGACCAAAUGGACUUGACUCUGCUUAUAGACCGUGAAUCGUCUCCUGAUGUACGGCAGGAUGCUCUAAACCUUGUCGCAGUCCCUGGCUCCACCUCUUCUACCACAAACGUCAGCAUGGUGGUAUCUGCGGGCCCUUGGUCCAGUGAGAAGUCAGAGAUGAAUACUCUAGAAAUCAAUGAGAAACUGCGCCCUCAGCAGGCAGAGAACAAACCAUUCAUAAACACCAAGGAGAAAUAUCUUGUAACUCAAGUGGCCUACUUUCUGGCCAAGGGGCAGAACAGUUACAACUAUGAAGAGUGCAAAGACCUCCUAAAAUCUAUGCUGUGGGAUGAGCUUCAGUUGAAGGAGGAGAAGCUUGCAGAGCAGCUCGGGCAAGCUGAGGAGCUCAGGCAAUAUAAAGUCCUGGUUCAGUCUCAGGAACGAGAGCUGAGCCAGUUAAGGGAGAAGUUCCAGGAAGGGAGAAAUGCGUCCCGCGCAUUGAAUCAGCAUCUCCAGGCCCUCCUCACUCCGGAUGAGCCGCCCACCUCCCAGGGGCGGGACCUCCAAGAACAGCUGGCCGAGGGCUGUAGGCUGGCACAGCACCUCGUCCGAAAGCUCACCCCAGAAAACGGUGAAGAUGAGGGAGAUGUGAACGUUGAGGAAACUGAGAAAGUACAGGAAUCACGUGCCCCCAGGGAGGUGCAGAAGGCUGAAGAGAAGGAAGAACCUGAGGACUCACUGGAGGAAUAUUCCAUCGCUUGUUCAAAUAGCCACGGUCCUUGUGAGUCCAACCAGCCUCAAAGCAACACCAAAAUCACAUUUGAGGAAGACCAAGUCAACUCACGUCUCAUUGACUCAUCCUCUCAUGAUGAAUGGGAGGAUGCUGUAUCCAUUAUCCCAGAAAAUGAAAGUGAUCAUGAAGAAGAGGAAGAAAAAGGGCCAGUGUCUCCCAGGAAUCUGCAGGAGUCUGAAGAGGAGGAAGCUCUCCAGGAAUCCUGGGAUGAAGGACAUUGGUGUGAUGAAGUGAAAAAGGAGGACCAAGAGGCCACAGGUCCCAGGUGAGUCUGAGAAAUUGUG